AGCUCUACCUAUGCUAAACCUUUUCAACAUAUUGUAUUGAAGUAUGGGGAAUAGGUGACAUGAAAAAUAAUAGAUAUCUCCCUAGUGAGCUGCAGAAAUACGAAACAUUUACAUAACCCAAUAUUGAAGGUUAUUGGUUAAUACAGCAUAUUCUCUCAGUUUCUUAUCAAGAAAUCAUCAUGUAAAAGAAUACUUAAACAUUAUCAGUCCUGGUGUAGGAUAGGUUUUGAAGACAAUUGGACUGACUACAGCAUUUUCAUACAGCAUUAUCUGCCAGUUUGUUAUCAAGAAAUCACCAUGGAAGAGAAGUAUUUGAACAUUAUUAGUCCUGGCAAAGGCCAUGUUCUGAAGACAGUUGGACUGAAUAUCAGCCUGGUAGCUUUAUGCCUUGUGAGAAAGUCAUGAAUGCAUACACAAUUUCCCUGCUGAUGGUAACAUUCCAUUUUUUUAAAUAACUUAACCAUUUUUUUUUGAUAAUGUUAAGUGUUUGACAAAUGAGGUUUGCCCUGAUAUUGGAUCUUUGUCAGUGGCAGGCUCUGACUUCAAACAAGUGGAGAUCACCGAUGGAUACUGUGGAAGAGUUUCCGUAUUUGCUUCUUUAUUUACUGGAAAGAUUUAAACAGUCUAGCCCAGGUCAUCUUCAACACCUGGUUUAAAUGGGGGCCUGUUAUAAAGUGGUUCAUGAAAACCAAUAAUUAAAGGAAUAAAUCACAUGUAGGUGUUUAGUUCAUGCAGUUCUCAACAUUUGAUGAGAAGAGGUUGUUUUACACAAGGGUUAGUACUAUACAUCAGUCAUUUACAUAAUAUCAGAAUCAAAUAUGGUAGGUCAAAUUAACAGUCCCAGGCUUACUGAUGUUAACUAGUCCUAAUAAGAUGCCUGCACUGCAGGCUAAUGUCUGGAAGCAGAAAUGAUUUACUUCAAAGUUGCUGAGACCAAGAAAAGAAUCAUGUUUAAAUACAAUUUCAGUCCAUUGGUCAGCUAAUAAAAACAUUGAAGUGAGCUGAAAUAUUGGUAUUAAAACCUUCCAUACUGUAAAUAACAUCUUGAAUCAAUUGGUAUUUAGUCACCAUACUUAUUACUGCAAAGUUAGAGGCUAGAUGUAGAUACUGCACAUAAUAUGAAAUGAAGUUUAUCUCAAUGAAGUCAGGUCCACUUGAUAACUGCUCAUUUAAGGUUUAUGCAUAUUUGGGAGUUAUGGAACAGAGAGAGAGAGUUAGAGAGAGAGAGACAGGAUAUAACAGCAUUUGUUAAUUUGAUAAUUUGACAUUGAGGAUCAAUAAAUUUUGCACAUUUUUCUUUUCUCUUUUUUUUUUUGGUUGAAGGAAUUAGCAGUGAAAAGUAUGCACAACAAUGAUAUUAUUUUGGAUGUGUGCACAUAAGUUUACAAGGGAACAAACUCAAGAUACCUUCACAAUUUUUGGUACGUCCCAGCUCUACCUAUGCUAAACCUUUUCAACAUAUUGUAUUGAAGUAUGGGGAAUAGGUGACAUGACAAAUAAUAGAUAUCUCCCUAGUGAGCUGCAGAAAUACGAAACAUUUACAUAAGCCAAUAUUGAAGGUUAUUGGAUAAAUACAGCAUUUCUCCCUGUUUCUUAUCAAGAAAUCAUCAUGUAAGAGAAGUACAUAAACAUUAUCAGUCCUGGUGUAGGACAGGUUUUGAAGACAGUUGGACUGACUACAGCAAUUUCUUACAGCAUUUUCUGUCAGUUUGUUAUCAAGAAAUCACUUUGGAAGAGAAGUAUUUAAACAUUAUCAGUCCUGGCAUAGGCCAUGUUCUGAAAACAGUUGGACUGAAUAUUGGCUUGGUAGCUUUAUGCCUUGUGAGAAGGUCAUGAAUGCAUACACAAUUUCCCUGCUGAUGGUAACAUUCCAUUUUUUUAAAAUAACUUAACCACUUUUAUUUGAUAAUGUUAAGUGUUUGACAAAUGAGGUUUGCCCUGAUAUUGGAUCUUUGUCAGUGGCAGGCUCUGACUUCAAACAAGUGGAGAUCACCGAUGGAUACUGUGGAAGAGUUUCCGUAUUUGCUUCUUUAUUUACUGGAAAGAUUUAAACAGUUUAGCCCAGGUCAUCUUCAACAGCUGGUUUAAAUGGGGGCCUGUUAUAGAGUGGUUCAUGAAAACCAAUUAUUAAAGGAAUAAAUUACAUGUAGGUGUUUAGUUCAUGCAGUUCCCAACAUUUGAUGUGAAGAGGUUGUUUUACAUGUGGGUUAGUACUAUACAUCAGUCAUUUACAUAAUAUCAGAAUCAAAUAUGGUAGGUCAAAUUAACAGUCCCGAGCCUACUAAUGUUAACUUGUCCUAAUAAGAUGCCUGCACUGCAAGCUAAUGUCUGGAAGCAGAAAUGAUUUAUUUCAAAGUUGCUGAGACCAAGAAAAGAAUCAUGUUUAAAUACAAUUUCAGUCCAUUGGUCAGCUAAUAAAAACAUUGAAGUGAGCUGAAAUAUUGGUAUUAAAACCUUCCAUACUGUAAAUCAUCUUGAAUCAAUUGGUAUUUAGUCACCAUACUUCUUACUGCAAAGUUAGAGGCUAGAUGUAAAUACUGCACAUAAUAUAAAAUGAAGUUUAUCUCAAUGAAGUCAGGUCCACUUCAUAACUGCUUAUUUAAGGUUUAUGUAUAUUUGGGAGUUAUGGAACAGAGAGAGAGAGAGAUAGAGAGAGAGAGAGAUAGAGAGAGAGAGAGAUAGAGAGAGAGAGACAGGAUAUAACAGCAUUUGUUGAUUUGAUAAUUUGACAUUGAGGAUCAAUAAAUUUUGCACAUUUUUCUUUUCUCUUUUUUUUUUUGGUUGCCAAUUGGUGACUUUUGUCAAAAUUUUAGUCACCAAAUAUAUUUUUUCACUUUCCAUGGCAUUCAAAUGGUCGCAGGUUAUAAGGAAACCUUGCAAAGAAACUUAGUGACAUUCCCCAACCAUUGCAGGAAUUCCUUCUCUUGAAACAAGACCCAUCACAAGAAUUGGCUGCACAGUUGAGAAAAAUUUUAAAAGAGCUUGGUAGAAGGAAUUAGCAGUGAAAAGUAUGUGCAACAAUGAUAUUAUUUUGGGUGUGUGCACAUAAGUUUACAAGGGAACAAACUCAAGAUACCUUCACGAUGUUUGGGAUAUCCCAGCUCUACCCAAGUUAAACCUUUUCAACAUAUUGUAUUGAAGUAUGCGGAAUUGGUGACAUGACAAAUAAUAGAUAUCUCCCUAGUGAGCUGUGGAAAUAUGAAACAUUUACAUAAGCCAAUAUUAAAGGUUAUUGGAUAAAUACAGCAUUUCUCCCAGUUUCUUAUCAAGAAAUCAUCAUGUAAGAGAAGUACUUAAACAUUAUCAGUCCUGGUGUAGGGCACCAAGACAGUUGGACUGACUACAGCAUUUUCUUACAGCAUUUUCUCCCAGUUUGUUAUCAAGAAAUCACCAUGGAAGAGAAGUACUUAUACAUUAUCAGUCCUGGCAUAGGCCAUGUUUUGAAGACAGUUGGACUGAAUAUCAGCCUUGUAGCUUUAUGCCUUUUGAGAAGUCAAAUGGUCAUAAAUGCUCUCUCGCUGUUAUAGAACAGUGUGAGAGAAAAAGACAAAGACUGACAUAAGACAUAAGCCAUCAUUAAAGGUUAUUGGAUAAAUACAGCAUUUUCUCCCAUUUUCUUAUCAAGAAAUUGCUAUGGAAGAGAAGUUCUUAAAUGUUAUCAGUCCUGGCAUAGGCCAUACUUUGAAGACAGUUGGACUGAAUAUCAGCCUCGUAGCUUUAUGCCUUGUGAAAACUCAAAUGGUCAUAAAUGCUCUCUCACUGUUAUAGAACAGUGUGAGAGAAAAAUAGAAAGACUGGGGAUUGUUAAGGAUACUAGCCCACUUUCCUGAUUUUUAACUACCUUGAUAACGUUUUCCUUUUUUGUUACUAUCUUAGUUACAAUGUUUAUUCAUGUUGAUUUGCCUAUCUACUGUUAUUGAAAUCCUACCCUUUAUCAUCAUUUUUGCAUCUGACAUGCCUAUAAAAGGGGAUCUUAGCUUCCUUUCUUCAGCUGUAUUCAGUAAUUCCAAGGAUCGUGACCUUUGCUACCUUUGUAAUUUUGAAACCUUUGGCGCAAAUGGGACCAAUAUGCAAGUUUACUCUCUUUAUUUUGGUAAGGCUUUGUUUUCUUUUAUUUUGAUUAGACAAAAGUACUCAAAAAUCUAUUGUACUGUGUACCUUUUUAAUUGCUUUGUGACAAAUAGCAAAAAUCAUGCUUAGCGUUUAUGAGUGAAUGCCCACCUUUUAGUUCAAGAACACUUGGGCUAUUGCUAGUGAGGGUGAAUCUCUUAAUAAAAUAGGUUUUUUUCUUGCCUCGCAUGUUUUUAUCACGAAUUGAGUUGUAAUUGAGUUAGAUUUGUUUUACAUGCUAUUAUCUCAUAUUUUGGAAGUUUUCACCUUGUUUGAUAGGGAUAGCCACUAGGUUGUUUUAGCUACUUGGUUGUCUUAAUAUCUUGGUCAUUUUCUGGUUUUCAUCAACAAUAAAUCUCCAUUAACUGUCACUUUCGUUUUCAUGAUUGAGACCUGUAAAAUAGUCCCAAACACCUUGAUAACCAUAUGCCCAAAGCGACGACUCCCUUGAAUUUGAAUGGCAAUCGAAAAUUGAUAGUUUGACCAAGGAUCAAUCUGUUGGUUGUGAAUUAGCAACUUUUGUCAAAAUUUUAGUCACCAAAAGUAGCUAUUAUUUUUUUACUCGCCAUGGCAACCAAAAUGGUAGUAGCUUGGAGCCCUGUAUUAUGUCAAACAUUUGAUAUUAUUAUCAUCAGAAAAUAGCUACUUUGUGCUCAGGAGUCCCAAUGAGAUCAUACAGAAAUAAUUUACAACGUAACACCUUAAAUGAUUUAACAUGGCAACACACAAAGAAUUCCAGUUUGGAAAUAUCUUUUGGAAUUUUUCUCACACUAUGAAGUACUUUGAUCCUUUUUUGAACAAAGAUUUUAAAGAUUAUAUGUGUUAAUAUAGUGAGAGUUUAUUUCACCAGCGGAGGUUUCCUCUAGAAUAAAAUUAUCUCUCAAAGGGGAAAGGUGCUUCUCAGGCACCCCAGUACCCUCCCUGACCUGUCCAGAAUAUAACUCAUAGGCUUACAUACAAAAAUCAGGAAAAAUGACCUUUACAUCUAUCUGGAUAUUCUUCAAAUUUUUUUAUAAAUCUCGCUUUUUAUCUUUAAAACCCUUGAAAUUUUUCCUAAUAAUCCCAUUUUAUCUUAGUUUGUUUAAAAUAACAUAAUUUCCAUAAAAUACGACAUUCCUUUGGUGAAAUUGCAUGGAAGCACCUUCAAGCUGAUUCAAAAUGAUCAAUCAACAGUGUAAUAGAUUUGUCUCUGGAUGACAAUAAACAAUUGUAGAGUUUCACAUUUUAUGUGGCAUAACUGAGGCCAAAAACAUGCAUAUGACAACAACUGCUAUUACAAAAGUACUUGGCAAAGUACCACUGCAAAGCCACUCAAAACUAAGGCAUGGUUCAGAUGCUGUAGUUCAGCCGUACCAAAUCAAAUUCAACAAUUGGCCAACCUCAAUUAGUUAAUCUUGCUGAAUUGAUUCAAGCAGUGAACUUUAUCUGGCCGAAAUUAAUUAAUUGAAGAAAAUUAAUACUAGGUUAUUGGUUUAGCAUACAAUUGUAAACAUGGCGGAUGCCAUAGAUUCUGGCAGCAAUCUACAAAUAAGAGCCUUUCUUCUGCUCAAAAUGCUGGAAAACAGUGUAAAAAGAAGAAGAUUGUACACCAUCUUAGCCUAUUUUGUAGCCACAAGAAGAAAAGUGAUA